AUGGCUCCCAAGAUCGCCAUCGUCUACUACUCCAUGUACGGCCACAUCCGCACGCUCGCCGAGGCCGAGAAGGCGGGUAUCGAGAAGGCCGGCGGCACUGCCGACCUCUUCCAAGUCGCCGAGACGCUCCCGGAGGAGGUCCUGACCAAGAUGGGCGCUCCCCCCAAGCCCUCCGACGUCCCCGUCAUCGAGCCCGACACCCUCCAGACCUACGACGCCUUCCUCAUCGGCAUCCCCACCAGGUACGGCAACUUCCCCGCCCAGUGGAAGGCCUUCUGGGACAAGACCGGAAAGCAGUGGAGCUCCGGCGGCUUCUGGGGCAAGUUCGCCGGCCUCUUCAUCUCCACCGCCUCCCUCGGCGGCGGCCAGGAGUCCACCGCCAUCGCCGCCAUGUCCACCUUCGCCCACCACGGCAUCAUCUACGUCCCCUUCGGCUACGCAAAGGCCUUCCCCCUCAUGGCCGACGUCACCGAGGUCCACGGCGGCGGCCCCUGGGGCGCCGGCACCUUCGCCGGCGCCGACGGCUCUCGCCAGCCCACCGAGAAGGAGCUCGAGAUCGCCCGCAUCCAGGGGCACGGGAACGGCGCCACGGUGGAGAACGGAACGAACGGUGCCAACGGGACCGAGAAGUCGGCUCCCGCCCUGGCCAAGAAGGAUUCGGCGACGGAGACGGAGGGCCGGGCCCCGGGGGAGUUGGACGACAAGGACGUCAAGUCGGGACCGUGUGGACUGCCCAGCAAAUGUGUCGUGCAAUGA